AUGGAUUACACCAUUGAUUCAAUUUACUUUUGCAAUUUACUUUUUCAGGGCAUUGCCAUCGAUCUUCAAUUCGUUGCCGGCGCUGAUGAAGACGUUGAAACCUCAUUCCUUCUUAACAGCUCUCCAACUUUUGAAUUCGCUGCUUACACUGUUGCGGCAUUGACCAACACUCAACCAACUGUUGUUAUUCAAGGAGAAAAUAUUGAUAUUCAAGCCGCCACACUGUCAGUUAAUGGAGUCACUGUUCUUGACAAGGUCGUUGUGUCAUUCGGAGAGAGCACCAAGGCUACUACCAAGCACGCUGGAUCUGCCACCACCAAACAUAACGGAGGAACCACUGAUGCUGCCCUUCAAACCCUCGUUGAUAAGAUGUGGAGUGAGGACCAAGACAGACCAAGUGCCGCUCAAGUCACCAUGAACUGGGGAGAAAAAAUUAGUGGAAAGACUGGAACCAAGCAAGCCAACUUGUUCACCACUGUCGAUGAGUCUUUGUUCACAAAGAGACAAUACGCCGAUCUUAUUACUACCUAUGACAACAACCUUUUCACUGCUGAUGUCUGCAAAGCUGAACCCGCGAUGGGUGGAUUCAGAAAGCAAUACCUUCAACAAGUUUUCAACACUUUCACGGCUACACCAAUGUUUGCAUCUGCAUUUGCUUACCUUCAAUCUAUUAAUUACAAGGAAACAAGCUCUUUGGACAACUUCAAGACUAAGGUUUUGUGGCCUCUGUGGUUCGGAACAUACUCACGAUGCAAGGGUCCACUUGGUAGCUCAGGAUGGGAGCACGUAUUCUCAGGAGAGAUCAAGGGUAGUGAAGUGGAUGGACAACACGACUGGGUCAGAUAUUACAAAGAGCAGAAGGGAGAUAAGAUGGUUUACGAUGGAUAUUAUUCUCAUGAUGAUAACCUCAUCGGAACCUUCCAAUAUCAUUGGAAUGGAGCCACCAAGCCAACAGGAGGAUUCUUUACCGGAACUUCACCAGCAUUCGACUUCUCCAUUCUCACUGUUUGUGCACUUGCCCAUGGAAACGGAGGAAACUGUCACUUCAAGGUAACCAACUUCCCAAUUAUGGUCACUUCUUACACUCAAGCAUGCGGAGAUGGUUCUGGAACUUGCUUGGCUACUGCGUACCCUGGAUAA